AUGGAAGGUAGAGUAUCACCUAAAUAUAUAUCCCUUAUCAAGGAUAUGUAUGAGGGAGCGGUCACAGGGGUCGGGACGUGUGACGGUGUCUCAGAUGACUUCCCAAUCAACAUCGGACUACACCAAGGGUCAUCCUUGUGCCCAUAUCUGUUUGCGCUAGUACUGGACCAGGUUACGAAGGAUAUACUGGGGGAAAUCUCUUGGUGCAUGCUCUUUGCAGAUGAUGUAGCACGUAUUGGGGAGUCCAAGCAAGAGGUAGAAGGUAAGCUUGAGCUGUGGCGCCAGACUCUGGAAUCGAAGGGCUUUAGACUCAGUAGAACAAAGACUGAGUAUCUGAAGUGCGCUUUCGACGAAACCGGGAGGGAUGAUAGAGAACUGCUACUUGACGGCCAGAUUGUACCAAGGAAAGAAUCCUUUCGAUAUCUGGGAUCUAUGAUCCAGAGUGAUGGGGACAUAAAGGAGGACAUUAGACACAGAUCCCAGUCAGGUUGGGCUAAAUGGAGACCGGUGACUGGAGUCCUCUGCGAUCGUAAGGUCCCAGUUAAACUGAAAGGAAAAUUCUACAGGACAGCAAUCAGACCCGCGAAGUUGUACCGAGCGGAAUGUUGA